CUGAUGAAGAAUUUGACUUCAGACUUCUAUGCAGAGGGACUGAGACAGAAAAUCACAGAUAAUACCACUCACCCAUCUGAUUACUAUGAGCCCAUGUUCUAUGUUCCAGACAAUCAUGGCACAGCACACUUGUCAAUUGUAGCAGCAGAUGGAAGUGCAGUAUCGGCCACCAGCACCGUUAACCUCUACUUUGGCUCUAAGGUGCGCUCCAAUGUCACAGGAAUAAUAUUCAAUGAUGAGAUGGAUGAUUUUGGAUCACCUUUGAUAGUCAAUGGGUUUGGAAUCCCUCCAUCACCAGCUAAUUUUAUCAGACCAGGAAAAAGGCCCCUCUCCUCUAUGUGCCCCUCCAUCAUUUUAGAUAAGAAUAAUAAAGUGCAUAUGGUUGUUGGAGCCUCCGGAGGAACUAGAAUCACAACAGCGACUGCACUGGUCAUUAUGAAUUCGCUCUGGUUUGGUCACGAUAUUGGCCCAUCUGUAGAGUUGGCGAGAGUGCAUAAUCAGUUAUUUCCCAAUGACACCACACUAGAAGAGACCAUGGAGCAGAGUGUUGAAAAAGAACUAGUGAAACGUCAUCAUAAUGUAGUGUAUGGUAGAAGAGCCGGGUCUGUGGUCCAGGCUGUUGUACGGACAGGGAACAAGUGGGCAGCAGCUUCGGACACACGGAAGGGAGGCUAUCCGGCAGGUUACUGAUCUUUAUCUCUCUUAUGAACUGAUGACUGCAAAAAGCUCACUGAGACCAUUAUAUAGCACUUUGUAAGUGGCUUCUAACUAACUUCCAUAGAUUAUCUACUCCUACUAAGACUCCAUCACUCAGGGACUAUACUAUGUUGACUACUACAGAAAUACAAUGGACUUAUUCAAUUGGAUCCUCUUCAAAUGUUCUUCAAAGUGAAUUUUCAAUAGAUCACCAUCAGAUAAGGGAAACAAUUUAG